AUGGCCUUUCAAGCUGAGCAAACGCCUUCGUCCUCUUUGCUGCGUCCCACUUUCCUAGCUCACCUCAGCUCCCGGCGAUUUCACCGUCGCAUCAUCUGCCCGCGCACCGCCUCGCCCGUCACCUUCGCAGUCUGUGGCAUUCAAGACGACGAGGAUCAGAACGACGAUGUCGACGUCGUGCUCUACUGCCUGCCCUCUGGUUGCUCAAGGUAUCUCGGCUUUUUUCUCGGUGGAAUCGCGCGUAAAGCGCGCAUACAACUCAUCGCGAUCGACCGACCCGGAGCGGGGGGCACGCCAGGGUGCACGUUGGAAGAGAGGAUGAACACAUCGAUCGCGCAAGCGAGGAGCGUGCUCGAGGCGCUGGCACUGAUCGAUGGGAAGGGGCAUCGUACCAAGAAACUGGGAGGCGGCAAGCCUAUCGCCCUACUCGCGCAUUCUGUCGGGCUCCUCUACGCCCUUGCAAUCCUAGCGCGCUUCAAUCCCCCGCCGGAGGAGAACUGCGGCAACGUCAUUGAUGUGGCCCGCUCUCCCUUUGGCCCUCGGCCCUGCAUCGUCUGCACAUCUCCUUGGGUCCCAACGAGCGUUUCGCGCUCCUCCCUCUCCUUCCUCCCGGCAAAUGUCGUCAAGCUCAGCGGCAGCCUGCCCAUGGCCAAGUUAGGUGCAGUGUGGGAGACAAGCAUGGGCAUGGGCAAGGGCGCAUUGCAGUGGAGCAUGGGAUUGGUGCCGAGCACAAAUGCUGGGGCAGAGACGGACGAGCAUCCUGGCGAGUCGUCGUCGUCUAGCCCGGUAGCGAUGGCGACGCCGCAACGUAAUCCCUUCCACGAAUCCCUCGGCACGGACCCACCGGUCUCGCCGCAGGACACUCAGGGAAUGAAGCGAAGAGCAGCAGCGCAACGUCGUGCCCCACACGCGGACUUUUGGCCGCCGUACGAGUCGCAUUGGUGGAAGAAUUGCGCGGCCGCGCUUGCACAGGGAAGCAGCAGCAUAGGGCAUGGCGAGCCUCCCCUCCUUCACCCUGGCACAGGCAAGCCGUUCCGCCUCACGGCCGCCACGGCCCAGUCCAUCGUCGUGGACUGUAUGUCAGCCCACGAGAAUGUCGCGCGCGCAGCAUCAGCCGACUUCCUCCUUUGUCUCGGAUAUUGCUCCAACCUGCCCUCUCGCUCAAUCGAAGAUCUCCUCGUCCGCGGGUUCAGCUCCACUCUCGCCCACUCUGAGCAGGGGGCGGAAGUGACCAUCGUGUGGGGCGAGAAGGACGGUCUUGUUCCCAAGCGCGGGAGGAUGUGGCUCGAUGAGAGGAUGAAGGAUGGGGUGAGGGCGAGUCGAGGGAGACUGCAAUGUGAGAGAUUAGAGAUGGCCGAAGCCGGGCAUGAUGAGCCUAUCGGAUGUGAGGAGGUUGUGGUUGCCUUGUUGAGGAGGGUCAAGGAGAGGCAGCUGGCCGGAUGUCGCGAGGUACCUGACAGCGGCAAGGCGGGGCAAAGGGAGAGGACGACAACAACAAGCUCUGCCUCGACCUCCUCAGCUCCCACGACACCCACUCAAUCGAGCGCGAAGCGCCUAGGCGGGGUUGCAUCUCUCAUCGGCAAUCCAGGUGAUGGUGAGCUUGGCAAGCGUCGAGGGAGUGGAAGCAGCUGCGCAAGUGGUGGGAGUCGCCGUCGCGCUGCUGUUGAAGCUCGUCGCGCGCUGGCGUAG